UUUGUAGAAGUUGUACAAGACUGUGUUAUUUUCGCGAUGGGUAAUUCAGAAAGAAAUUCUGUUAUCAUCAACGAAACGUCAAAGUUGGUGAAUGACUUUGCGUCGCUUUAUCUGAGCGAAAAACUUUCCGAUAUCAUUUUAAUUGUGGACAAUAAAAGGAUCUUUGCACAUAAGGUUAUUCUCGCGGCAAGAAGUUUCUACUUCGAGAACCUUCUUUACGAAGACGGACAAGAAAUAGAACAGACAGAACUUACAAUCUCCCUAAAUACUUCAACCGACUCCUUCCUGGACGUUCUAAAAUUUCUCUACACAGGUACUAUAACUAUAACCCCUUCAAACUUGGACCCUACUCUGGAUCUUAUUGGUUUAGCCCACCAAUGCACCCUUACCGACCUAGAAGUCGCCAUAGGGCAGAAAAUAAAGCCUCUACUCAGUCACAAUAAUAUUUGUUCUGUUUUGAACACCGCAAAUUUGUACAACUUGGUCGAACUUCGCAACGCUUGCCACGUUUUCAUGGAUCAACAAGCUUCAGAAAUCCUGAACAAUGACUGUUUCAAGCAUUUAAGCCAAAACUCCUUGAUUAAAUUGUUAGAAAGAGACACGUUUUUUGCUCCCGAAAUAGAAAUUUUUGAAAGAGUAGCCCAAUGGUGCCAAGUUAACGUCCACGCUGCUGAUUUAGUGGUGAAAUGUGUUCGGUUAUCUUGGUUGAGUGUCGUAGAAAUUGUGUCUAAAGUUUGGAUUUCAAAGCUUGUCGGUUGUGAAGAUUUACUCCAAGCUAUUGCGGAAAUUGUCGAUGUAAAACCCAAAGAGACGACAUGCAGAGCAAAACUAUUACUGGAAGUUAAUGUUGCUACUCCUGAACAUAAAGCCACUGUGAUUACCGGCGCACGAACCGAGCAUUUAUUAAAUGGCAACCGAAACGUGAAUAACUGGACAGUAACAACAAAUGGUGACAAAACUGGAUUGGUUAUUAAAUUUGGAUUUCCAUUUGUUAUUAACCACAUUCGUAUGUGUUUAUAUGAUGGAGAUUUGAGAAUUUUCCGGUAUUACGUGGAAGUGUCACUGGACCAGAAGAAGUGGAAAAAGGUUAUAGAUUAUAGUGAGAUUGCGUGUCGAUCUUAUCAGCAUUUAUAUUUUGGGAAAGAAAUUGUACAAUAUGUGAAAGUAGUUGGUACUUACAGUUCACUAAACGAGGCAUUUCAUUUGAUAUUCUUCGAAGCCUAUUAUAAGGAAAACAUACCAAGAGUUGUCAAUGGAAUCGUCUGUCCCACCUCAAACGUUGCUACUGCGGAAAAAAAAGCAGUUGUCGUUGAAGGAACAAAUGGAGCUGCAUUACUCGACGGGGUUACUACUAACUAUGGAAGUUUCACGUACCACGUAAUUGGUGCUGGAAGUAUAGUCAUACAGUUAGCUCAACCCUUUAUAAUCUCCAGUAUAAAGCUUAAAUUGUGGGAUCAAGAUGGUAGAUUUUACAAAUAUUAUGUUGAAACUUCGGUAAAUAAAACCGAAUGGACAAUCGCCGCAGAUCACAGAAAUGAAGAAAAUAAAUCUUGGCAAGUGUUACGUUUCUCUGAGAGACCCAUAUCUUUCAUCAGAAUAACUGGAACUGGAGCUUCUUCAGAAGCUGGAAACGGUUUUCAUUUGCUACACUUAGAAUGUCCCACCAGUGACGAAAAGACAACAUAUAAAUAAUAUUUUUAGGUUAUAUAUGUACAAGAACUCGCACUUCCGACGCAAUGCUUAAUCUAAAUAUUGACUUCUUAAAUAACAAAUACAGGGUGCCGCAUCCAAGUCUGGAUAUAGGGAAUUAACAUGCGAAUUGGUUUUUAUUUUAUAAUAUCUCCCCAGAUCACUUUAAAGCUAUUAUUGAGUGAUGGCUUUGUGGAGGUCGAAGAGGGCUAUCGGCCAGUAUUUUUUUCAAAUCGUUGCAUCGCGCUCAUUCACUGUAAAAAGGUUUUAAAAAUCGUAUUUUGAAAUUCGCGCCCGAUCCGAAUUGUCGCGAAGUGUUCCGUCGUACUGUCGAAGUUCGGCGAUCGCGUAUUUUCAUUAUCCAUGCAAAAUUCAAAUGUCAAAGUGAAAUUAGAAAUUAUUCUCAUCAGAAAUCAACGAACAAGUCAAACUGAAUUAUUUUAUCCAGUGUGAUGAUUAUUUGCGCGACCCCGUCAAACGAGCCAUCUCGAACUACAAUCAGACCGUAUCCAAAAAGCCCAAGAUGAAGACUUCAAGACUUCGAGCAGCUGGUCUUCCUCAAAACCCCAUCAAAGCCCAUCGGCAGCAUUGCGACAUUUUCUGGGAGCCCUCAAGCUAGGAAUGUACUCGGGCUGCCACACUCAGUAAUCACUGAACGACUCAAAUUGAAUUAUUUUAUCCAAUAUGACGAUUAUUGUAGGUCAAUUUAAACGAAAUAAAUGCACAAACUGCACAAAAUAUUUUAUUAGGUUAUGUUGCUGGUGCUGAUCGAGUCUUUAUUACUAAAAUCUCAUUAAAAUGCCAUGUUCUACUGCGAUUAGAUGAAAAAGCUAGGGCCCGCUUUUCUUAUUGUGUGAUGAUAAGAUUUACCAUCAAAAUAGCUGGCGCUUUUGAAGAGGACCUUUUAAUGAACCAUUUAGAUAACUACAAAUAACAAAACUUAACAAUUGUUGAUGAAUGAAGUAAUGAAAUAUUGUACGAAUCUGGAGAAGUAUUGCACUAUUUUCAAGAAUUGCUCAAAAAGACUGCUCUCAGCAACUGUACAGUAAGUAAGCCAAUCUUCAAAACUCCUACGCGUGUUGAUCAGCAUUUUAGUUGAAAUCUGAAGACAAUAUUGCUGGAUUGCUUGUUUCAGCGCUUCUCUGUUUGUAUAGCUUGUCUGAAUGCAGAUGGUCGUGAAGAAAUCUCCAAAGAAAAAAUUCUCAGGGGUUUAUAUCCGGCGAUUGCACAGGCCAAUGGGGCGGUGCAAACUUUCCAUUCCAACAUUGCGGAAAAAUACUGGUUCAAAUAAACAACAUUUAUGCGAACUGUAUGGCUGGAGAUUUGGUCCUGGAUGUAAAAGACCUGCUGCAGAUGCCGCACCCUUCGAGUCCCAGGAAGUAUUUGCUGAGCUAGCAUAUUAUCCUACUUCUGAGCAUUCAAUCCGGAUUCGAUGAAAAAAGGUGCAAUGACAUGAUGUCCUAGAAGCCCCAGUCAUACACUGACAAUUGCACGCCAUUGAUAACGAAGGUCAUGGACCACGUGAGGGUUGUGUAAUGCUCAAAUUUGAUCGUUCUGACGAUUAUAACUUCCCUUAAGACCAAAUGAACGUCAGUAAAACAAAUUUUCCUCAAAAACUCUCCAUCAGCCUAGAUUCUCUCAAGCGUUCCUUCGUAAAACUCUGUAUGUGAGAAGUAGUCCCCAGGCUUCAAUUUUUUGUCAUGAUGCUUUUUGAAAUUCUUCUAUCUCAUCUGUUUAAGACCCCUAGAAAACGUCGUGCCCACCUGAUUUUAUGUAAUUUUUAUCACCUUUGAAAAUAAAUGUAACUUUAUUUUGCGAAA